AUGAAACGGAUUUGUCUCUGUGCUGCCUCUCUGUCAAGCCAGGACUGGAGUAAGUAUGAUGAGAAACUGUUACAAGCUGUGAAUGGCAGUGACCCUGAAAAGGUGGCUUCCCUCCUCAACAAAAGGACUCUUCUCACGACGAAGCUCGACACGGAGGGGCGAUCAGCGUACCACCUGGCAGCAAUGAAGGGCUAUGUGGACUGUCUGGACGUCAUCUUGGCACAUGGAGUGGACAUCAAUGCCUUGGACGGCUCAGGAUUGAAUGCGUUACAUUUAGCAGCGAAAUAUGGGAACCAUCAGUGUAUGAGGAGACUUCUUCAGGAAAAAUGCCCAGUUAAUGCAGUGGACAGUUUUGGGAGGAUUGCAUUACAUCAUGCAGCUACAAGUGGGAGCUUUUCCUGUGUUCAGACACUCUGUGGUUUCAAAUCCCCUUUAAACAUCCAUGACGAUGAUGGCUGCACUCCACUGAUCUUGGCUGCACAGAUGAGCAACUAUGAAAUGUGUAGGUGUCUGAUUGUCCAAGGAGGAGAUGUGAACAGCAGGGAUAAACAGGGAAGAACAGCCUUGAUGCUGGCUUGUGAAAAUGACAGCGUGGAGACGGUCGACGUCCUUGUCCGGAGUGGAGCUAACGUCAGCCUUCUGGAUGCUUUGGGUCAUGAUGCCAGACACUACAGUAUGGUGACUGGAAAUACAGACAUUCUGCAGCUGCUUCACGUGGCCACUCACAGAAGCUUCUGGAAAAGUGGUUUUGUUAAAAGAGAAAACCACGAGCCCCCGAAAGAGGCAAGCCCCCUUGCCACCUGGCACCCCCUCUACUCAGGUAAUGGGAACUUACUCUUCAACUACAAAGAAGCAAGUCCCUCUCAAUCCUGCGAAUUUCUCUCCACUGGUGAAUCGACAAGUCCAUCUUACUCUUCAACAGAAACACUCACACCAAAGGAUGAUCAGAGACUGAGUGGGGAGAUUGAGCUGCUUCAACAAGAGAGGCAACAUCUACUGCAGACCAUUAACAACCUGGAGCAACUCGUGGACAAGUGCCAACGGGAGAAAGUGCUGAUUGCAAAAGAUUGUGGAAUCCAGAAAUUCGAAAAUCAGAUCCAGGAGCUCACAAGCAAACUAACUGAGAAAGAGAAAGUUCAUCAAGAAUUUAUCGAGCAGAUUGAACUCUUACAGGGCAGGCUGUCUUUGUAUGAGGGCAAACAUCAAGAGGACAGUGAGAGUGAAUUCACGGUUGAAGAAAUGCUCAACAGUUUCCCAGGGAUUGAGAAGUUAUGUUCGAAAAAGGGUACGGACAUUUCUAGUGAGGAGUGGCUUGUGUCACUGCAGAGUCAAGUGCAGUCACUGACCAGGGAAAACCAAGAGCUACAAGGGAAGUUGCAGGAGAUAGAAUCUUUGCAGAAAGAAGGAAAUGAAGGAGAACCAUCAGGAGGCCUGGAUUUUAUCCCUGUUUUUCUCUAUGAUUCCUUGCGAACAGAAUUUGAGAAACUGAAGGAACAAUAUGAACAAGCCCAAGUUAUAAUCAUGGCUGAGGCUAACUCACCCUCCUCUGACAAAUUAAUCUCAAUGGAAGCUUACACACAACUAAAGGUGGAACAUGAGCAAAAAGUUCAAAGAUUACAAGCAGAGCUUGAUGAGUUCAAGUCCAAGUCCUACUCAAAGGGAGGAGAUCCAUCCAAAGGUGGGGAGUUAGAGGAGGAAGAUAUGGUGCAACAAGAUGUUCAGGAACUCAUUAAAAAAUUAAAGGAGACCCAGGGAAAAUAUGAGGCAGCUGUGACUGAGAUUGAACAACUUGAAGAGCAGAUCCAACUAGGAAUUCUUUCUGUGAAAGAAAAUGAAGAAACGAGCAAAACAGAGACAAUAAAAAUGGUCCCUGGAGAUGAGCUAGAGAGUGGUGAGAUGGAGCUCCUGCAACCAGAUAAGGCUGAAGGAGAAGAGGAAAAGAAAGUGAGAGCAAUGGAGGAAAAGCUGAAUGAAAUGGAGAAGCUUCUGUCACAGAGUAUCCCUCUUAAGGAGUAUAAUGAGAUGCAAAUAUCACUAAACACCUCGCUUCAAGAAAUUUCCAAAGAGAAUUCCCUGCUGAUAGAAAGAUACAGCAAGGCAGAAGGUGAACUUGAAGAUCUGAAGAGAAGUCAUUUUGAAGAGUUCACUGUCGAUGGAAUUGGGCCUUCCAUCAAAGCCACUGAACAACUCGAAGAACUGAGCAAAGCCCACAGUGAAUUGCAGGAAAAAUGCAGAGAACUUCAAACCAAAUACAACAAGAAAGUUGAAGAACUCGAGUCCGUACAAUCUUUGUCCAUUUCAAAGAAGGAGCAUGAGGAGGUGAAGGAUAAGUUGAGCAAAUCUCUCAACGAAGCCAACAAGCAGCUCUCUGAUUUAAAGCAAGGGCACGGUGCAAUCCAGAAAGAAAUUGCAAGGCUACAAGAUGAGGUAGAACACCAGAGGAUGAGCUCGGUAACAUUGGAUGAGCAUGUGAAAAUGAAGGAAUCAUUUGAGAAAUCUCUGCAGGGUACCAAAGAGAUGUUGAUCAAUGUGCAGAAUGAAUUAGCCAUAAAAGAAAAGGAGUUAUCCCAGCGACAGGAAGAAAAGGAGACAAUGAGAAGCCAAACCAUUCAAAAAGAAGAGCAUGAAAAGAUUAGCACUUCACUGAAGGCUGAGGUAAAUUCUUUAAUCAUUAAAUUAAACGAUCUGACUAAGAAGCAUGAGAAGACCUGCACUGAGGUGUUCCGAGUACAGAGGGAGGCGCUCUUCAUGAAAAGUGAGAAACAGGAUGCAGAGGAACAGCUGGCCACUGUGCAAAAACAGUACAACAAGUUAAAGACUGAGUCAACGAAGAUCAUUGAACUGCACAAACAAAUUGAGGAGUCUGCUGAUCUUGUGAAGGAGAAGGAUAGGAAGAUAAGUGAACUAUCCAAAGAGGUGUUCAAACUAAAGGAGGCUUUGAACAGUCUGUCGGAGCAGGCUAAUGCUGCAGCACUACCUCCCAAAGCAGCCCCAUCCCACCAACAACACACAGAGGCUACGCAAAGACAGAUCAGAGUAUUACAGCAGCAGCUAGCACAAGCAGAGAAUGACCAUAGAGCUAUCGUGACCAUUUACCGAUCACAUCUUCUCUACGCUGUUCAGGGUCAAAUGGAUGAAGAUGUCCAAAAUGUCUUACUACAGAUCUUAAAAAUGCACAAACAUCACAAACAGACCAGUUUUUAA